AAUUGCCCCUUUUUACCUUUACUUUCCUCUUAAUUGUGAAUCGAUGGCAGAAGCAAUUCUCUUCAAUAUUGCAGGAAGAAUCAUUUCUAAGCUGGCUUCUCCAGCACUUCAGGAGACUAAGCUGAAGUGGGCUGUCCAAGAGGAGCUUGACAAACUCAGGACGACAGUUUCAACCAUCCAAGCUGUUCUUCUAGAUGCAGAGGAGAAGUAUUCGCAGAGUCAUGAAGUCAAAGUUUGGGUUGAAUCGCUAAAAGAAGCAUUUUACGAUGCUGAUGACUUAUUAGAUGAGUUCUCCACAGAUGUAUUACUGAAGCAGAUGAUGACCGGCAACAAAAUAGUGAAGGAGGUACGCUUGUUCUUUUCAAGCUCAAACCAAUUUGCUUAUGGUCUUAAAAUGGCUCAUAAGAUUAAAAAAGUUAGAAGUAAAUUAGAUGGGAUUGCUGCAAAUAAGAAGUUUCUCUUAAAUGAGCUCCCUGAGAGGAAACUUCCUUUGUUUGAGGAAAGAGAGCAAACUCACUCAUCUUUACCUCAAAUAGUUGUUGGCAGAGAAAAGGAUAAGAAGGAAAUUGUUGAUUUUCUUCUGUCUUCCUCUUAUGGGGAGGACGCGUCAAUCAUUUCCAUUGUGGGUAUUGGAGGAUUAGGAAAGACAACACUUGCUCAACUAGCAUAUAAUGAUGAGACGGUGAAAUCAAAUUUUGAGCUCAAAAUGUGGGUGUGCAUUUCUGAUAAUUUUGAAGUUAAAAUAAUUGUUGAAAAGAUUUUGGAAUCUCUCACUGGUGAGAAACCUAAAAAUCUUGAAAUGAAUACCUUGAAAGAUCGUCUUCAUGACAAAAUUAAGGGAAAAAAAUAUUUACUUGUUUUGGACGAUUUAUGGAAUGAGGAUCCUGAAAAAUGGUUUAAGUUGAAGGAUUUGUUAGUUGGAAGUGGAAGUGGAAGCAAAAUAAUAGUGACUACACGUCUUAAAAAUGUUGCAGAAAUGAUAGGAUCAACAAAAACACAUGACUUACAAGGCCUACUUGUUGAUGAUUCAUGGUCUUUAUUUACAAAUAUGGCUUUUAAACAAGGGGAAGUUAUUAGCCUAGACCAUGAGAGAAUUGGAAAAGAAAUUGUGGCAAAAUGUGUUGGAGUCCCUUUAGCCAUAAGAGUAAUAAGUCGUUUGUUGUAUUCUAAAAAUACAACAGACGAAUGGCAACACUUUAAAGAAAAAGAACUACCAAAUAUGAAUGAAGAGAAGAAUAGUAUUAUUCAAACUCUCAAAUUGAGUUAUAGUCAUCUACCUUCUCAUUUAAAAUGUUGCUUUGCUUAUUGUAGAUUAUAUCCAAAAGAUUAUAAAAUUAACAUCCCAUGUUUGGUGAGAUUUUGGAUGGCACAAGGAUUUAUUAAAUCAUCAAAUUCAGAACAAAGUCUUCAAGAUAUAGGUUUAAAAUAUUUCAAGGAUCUUUCAUGGAGGUUCUUCUUUCAAGAAGUAGAAGAAGAUGCAUUGGGCAAUUUAUGGAGUUGUAAAAUGCAUGAUUUGAUGCAUGAUCUUGCCACGCAAGUAGCAGGAGAUGAAAUCAUUUUAUUAAAUUCAGAUGCAAAACGUGUUGAAAAAAACACUCGACAUUUGUCAAUUGAUUUUGAAGUUAAGUCAUGGCAAAAAGUUGCAAUUUGCUUACCUCCUGUGUCAAAGGUGAGAACAUUUGCAUCAUUUAAUUGGUCAAAAAAGCAUGAUAUUAAAGAAGUUGAAUGUGAUGAAAUUUUUUCCAAAUUAAGUCAUGUAAGGGUAUUACAUUUGUAUGGUUUGGGAAUUAAGAGAGUGCCAUGUUUCAUUGAUAAAUUGAAGCACAUAAGGCUUCUUGAUCUUUCUGAUAACAAAGACAUUGAAAUCCUUCCGGAUUCCAUUAUUAAACUCCUAAACCUGCAAGCUCUGCACCUACUCAAUUGUGUAAGGCUUAAGCAGUUGCCAAAGCACAUUAAAAAGUUUGUCAAUCUCCAACAACUUGAGCUUAUGGGAUGUGUUAGUUUGACUCAUAUGCCACGUGGGAUUGGUCAACUAACCUCCCUUGAGAAUUUAUCAGCAUUCAUGGUGGCAAAAGAUAACGGUGUCUCCAAACAUAGCGGUCGACUUGGCGAAUUACGUGACUUGAACAAUCUGAGAGAUGUGCUUCGAAUCAUGAAUCUACGGUAUGUGAAAAAUCCAGCAUCUGAAUUUAAGGCUGCCAAUUUGAAAGAGAAGCAAUACCUUCAAACCUUGAGAUUAUCAUGGAAAUUGGGCCCUCCCUAUGAUAAUAAUUGUGAUAGUGGUCCUGAUGAAGUUGAAAAUGAUGAAGAAAUGUCAUUAGAAGAGCUGCGGCCACACCUUAAUCUAAAAUGGUUUCUUGUGUUUGGGCGCGGAAGACUCUUGUUUCCAAGCUGGAUUUCUUCCCUCAAUAAUUUGGUGGUACUUCGAAUUGAUAACUGCAAAAAAUGCCAGCAUUUUCCACCGUUGGAUCAGUUCCCUUCACUUAAACGUUUGACGAUUGAGAAUUUAACUGAUCUGGAGUACAUAGAGAGUGGGAUUAAUUGCGACAAUGCAUUAUUCUUCCCUUCCUUAGAGAAUCUCUGGCUAGAAAAUUGCCCAAAUCUGAAGGGAUGGAGGAGAGAUACAUCCACGCCUCAGUUGCUACAAUUUCACUGUCUUGAUUAUUUGGAGAUCAGGUCUUGCCCUAACCUCACUUCAAUGCCUCUCAUUCCAUCUGUCAAAAAAUUUGCAAUGAUUAAUGCCAGCAAGAAGUCAUUGGAGGACAUACUGAAGAUGAAGAUUUCGGUGUCACAAUCUACCUCUUCUCGUUCUUCGAUUUCCCCUUCUCAAUUGAAAAUUCUGCAUAUCGAGAAAAUUGAGGAUCUAGAAUUUCUGCCAGAGGAGUUGAUGACAAAUCUCACAUCACUCCAACGUCUCUUUAUUCGGUAUUGUCCACGAAUAACAAAGGUGUCUUCUGCUUUGCGGCAUCUAACCUCCCUUGAGAAGCUUGUCUUCUUGGCUUGUGAGGAGCUUGAUUUAUCUGAUUCAGAGGAUCAUAGUGAUAUGCCAUGGCAGUACCUUACAAGACUCCAAGUGCUUAUAUUUGAAAAUUUGUUCAAAUUGGCGUCACUCCCAAAGGGACUUCAACAUGUUCCCACUCUGCGCAAACUCAUGAUAAAAAAUUGUCCUAAUUUGAUAUCUUUGCCGGAGUGGAUGGAAAGCCUCACCGCAUUACAAUAUUUCUGGAUUGAAGAAUGUCCUCUACUCUCAGAAAAAUGCAAAAACAACAAAGGUGCUGAUUGGCCCAAGAUUGCUUACGUCCCAAAUAUUAGAAUUGAUGGAAGAUGGAUUCAAGAGGAUGGCUACUGCAAACUAUGAUCAGAAGAAUCAGACUUCUCUUGGGGUAUGUCCUUAUC